AUGGGCCAGUUCUACGUCCUUUCCAGCGGCGUGCUGCUUCUGUAUGAGCAGAAUGGCGCAGGCGGGCCUUCGGUUGCAGUGUCGUACUACGCAACCAUGGAGGCUUUCCUGAACGGGCAGAGCGAUCCGAAGACGUUUGUGUCCGAGCAGACAAUCUGCAUCGGCAAUGCUGAGGGCACACCGUCGCUCUAUGCCAUCGAUGAGACGACAGAUGAGCUGACCAUCCUGAUGCAUUGCUACGAAUCCAAAGAUGGCACGGCCAUUGACCAGCAGGCAGUGGCAGUGCUGCGUGGUUUCCUUCGAGGUUCGAGGGAAGAGUGGGAGUGGCAGGCAAAACUGUUGAAAGUGGUGAACGAUUGGUUUCCAGAGAAUGGCUUCACAGGGAAGUUGGGCUCCAGAAGCUCCUUGCAAUGGGCUGGUCGGCAGUGGAUCAUCAUGGAAGCUCAGAAGGUGCUGGAUGACUGGGCCAGCUGGCGGAUCUUCCUGGGUGACGGUCUCGGCUUUACACGGGUGCCAUUUGACAUGGCAUCGAACUCGACCGCAAAUCCUGUGCUCACAACCUUCUCCAACUCGUCCGAGCACGUGGCUGUCAGCACCUUCUUCAUCCCAUCAGAAGGCGCAGUUGCCGAAGAAGUUGGUGAAUUGGUCCAUGUUUUCCCUCUUCCAUGA